GAUAGAGAGAGAGAGAGGGUGAGGGAGAGAGAGGGAGAGAGAACAGGAAUAAUAAUAUGCUGAGCAGGGAUUGUGGACUGCAGUGAUGACGACUAUGCUCAGUCCUAAAAUCAAGCAAACCAGGAGAGCCAGAUCAAAAAGCAUGGUGAUGGGCGAGGUGAGCCAUGGCUCGGCUGGUUCUCCAGGCCUCCAUGAGGGAGUGCUGAAGGUAGGCUGGCUCAAGAAGCAGAGAAGCAUCAUGAAGAACUGGCAGCUGAGAUGGUUCGUUCUGCGCUCUGAUUAUCUCUAUUUCUACAAGGAUGAAGAGGAAACAAAGCCUCAGGGUUGCAUCUCACUCAAGGGAAGCCAAGUGAAUGAGCUUACAGCUAAUCCAGAGGAAGCAGGCCGAUAUCUGUUUGAGAUUGUCCCAGGUGCAGCUGGUGAAAAAGACAAGACUCCGGUAAGUCAUGAGACCUUUUUGCUCAUGGCCAACUCCCAGAAUGACAUGGACGAUUGGGUGAAGGCGAUCAGACGAGUCAUAUGGGCUCCAUUAGGAGGAGGGAUUUUUGGACAGGGCUUGGAAGACACAGUUCAGUACGAAAAGAAAUUUGGAAUACGACUUGUCCCACUUUUAGUCGAGCAGUGUGUGAAUUUCAUUAGGGAGCGAGGACUUGAUGAGGAAGGUCUCUUCAGGAUGCCAGGCCAGGCCAAUCUGGUCAAAGAGCUUCAGGAUGCUUUUGACUGUGGAGAGAAACCUCAGUUUGACAGUAACACAGACAUCCACACUGUGGCUUCCCUGUUGAAGCUCUACCUCAGAGAGCUACCUGAGCCAGUCAUCCCUUUCUGCAAGUAUGAUGAUUUUCUUACUUGUGCUCAGCUUCUGGCCAAAGAUGAAGAGGAGGGACUACAAGAAUUAGAGCAACAAGUGAAGACUCUUCCCUCUGCUAACUACAAUCUCCUAAAAUAUAUUUGCAAUUUCCUUGAUGAAGUACAGUCACACUCUGGUGAAAACAAAAUGAGUGUACAGAACUUAGCCACUGUGUUUGGACCAAACAUUCUUCGUCCUAAAAUGGAGGACCCAGUGGCUAUCAUGGAAGGAACCUCCCUGGUCCAGCAUCUCAUGACUGUCCUCAUCAGCAAGAAUGAUCAGCUCUAUGCUGAUCAGGAGUUUGAAGCUCCUGAAGUCUCCAUGGAAGCCUCCAUGCCCUCCUCUCAGUGCCAGCAACACCAGCAGUCCAACCUUGUUGGCUGGAUCUCUGAGGAAGAUCUUCAAAACCUGACACCUCCUGGGAAGAAUCCCAACACUAGUGAUAACCCUAGUAGCAGCAGUACCUCUUCCCUGGAUGGUAUCCCCACAGGUACAUCUCCUAAAUCAGCCCCCCUAGGAAAAGCUGAGACAGCCAUCAGUCCAAGCAAGCAAUCCAAAACUUUACCUUCUUGGAAAUAUUCAUUCAAAGGUUCCUCACCACGACCACAACCUGCCAAAACCACCAGCCAAUCAUCAGAUGUGACCAGCAUCUCCAGUGGAAACUGGCUCAUGAAUGGACUCUCGUCAUUGAGAGGGCACCGUCGUACUUCUACAGGUGAACGUGCAAAGGAUUCUGGGUCGUCUCAAAGACUGUCAACCUAUGAUAAUGUCACAUAUUCAUCAAGCACUGGGAGUGUUCACAAUGUAGAGAGCACUCAGUGGUCCAACUUACCUUGUGAGAUCUUAGUGUCAGGGAGGGACACCGUGGAGGCAGACACCAGGACAGAGUCAGAUGAAAAUUCUGUAGAUCCAGAAACGACUGUGGAUGAAGUAAACUACACAGAACAAGCUAGUGCCGAUAUGGUGUCAACUUGCAGCAGUGAUGCCAAUAUACACAAUAUAGUGCCGGUCAUCACUGUCAUGGCCAAAGACACUGAUGAAAGUGCCACAUCACUGGUCAGUGUGGUAACUGCACUGAAAGAGGAAUUAAAUAGUCAAAAGCUGGUUUAUGAAACCAGAAUCAACAAGCUGGAAGAGUCAAGUGCAAUGCUCCGUGCUCAGAUGGAAAGAAUAGAGCAUGACAUGGAACAGGAAAGAAAGAAACAAAGAAUGCUAGAAAUAAAACUGAGGAACUCUGAAAGGGCUCGGGAGGAUGCCGAAAACCGCAAUCGGCUCCUGGAAAAAGAAAUGGAAGACUUCUUUUCUACACUUGGGGAACUGGCUCUUGGAACUAGAACAAGUGACAUUUAAGUUUGUGUGUUUAGGACAUGACAGAAAACAUCCACAAGAACAGUCUGUGGUAACUGCGGGCAGUACUGUCUUGGGAUUUCCUCAGGUCUCUCUAGAAGUCUGCGGGCUAAAAUUCCAUGUUUAUUCCAGGACUAUUUCUCUAACCUCACGUCACUUGAUUGUCUUGACAAUGACCUACAGGAUAACAGAAUAUGUAAGGAUGAAUACAAGGCCUUACUCACCAAUGUCUACAACAUAUCACUGUGGAUGUUAGGGUAGCAAGUUCCUACCAGUAAUGUUAAGCAAUUUAGCCAGUUGUUUACACUUACAAAUGUUUUACCUGGGUCUUAGUCCAGGUAAAGAUACAGUUUGUCAACUAAUGCUACAAUUAUAGACCAUUCAUAACCAAAGCCUAUAUAAAUUGCUGCCAUUACUUGGUUUGGAACAUAAUGUGUGACCUCUGCCCUGGAAAAAAAAAGUAAGAAUCGUAAUGACAGUGCCUUUGUGAAGGUUUUGUGUUGAAAUCAUCUGGCUUGCUUGAAUAGAGUAGUUUGGUGUUUUGGAAUGGAUAUGGGAAACAUUUCUUGGUGUAUUAUAUUUAAAUGAAAGGACUUGUGAGAUUCUGAAACGUUAUGAAAAGAUGCAUUACCAAACACAUCAUACAUGGUUAUAAAUGGUUCAUCUCUGAUUUUAUGAGAUAUUUAUGAAAGUGAUUAUAGGUUAAUAUAAUGUUAUAAGAAUAUGCGUGUCGAUUGGUUAAAUUUGAAUUUAAUUUACAGUGUGCAAAAAUAGUGCUUUACAAGGAUGUGCUAUGUAUAUAUCAUGUUGGAUGUGUUAAAAAAAUCAGGCAUCGUAAUAGUAACACUUCAAAACAUUUUCUAAUACUUGAUAACAGAGCAGUCAAUGUUUAGAAAUCUGUAUUAUAACCGGAAAUGAUGAAUGACAUGGCCAUAUUUACAAGGGGUGUUUUGUUGAUUUGCACCCAGUACUUUGAAUACUUCUAAUAUAUCGUCGCUGUCGGGCGGAAACCUCGUAUGUCCAAAUUUGGUCAAUUUCAUAUUUUUUCACAUAUGUCUGUUAUUUUUACAAGUUAUUAACCAAUCUAAAGUCUUGAAAAUAGCUUGCGCGCAAAUCUCUUAACUCCAUUGGACACUUCAACUGUCCACCUCUUCCUCACUCCGUGGGAGAGCUUCGCGGCAUAUUUCUCCUCAAGAAGAGUCGCAACGAAUCAACAUGUCUUCUGAGGUAAAUGUCUUCAAAACACUGGGCUCAAAGAAAAAAAAUCUUGACCCCCGCUAGUUCUGGUGCUCGUCUGAGGACAGGAAUUUAGCGCAAGACAAUCCACUGCAACGCGGACUAAACCCUGUGCAUUGCAGAUACGCCGUUUUUUUAAUUUCCUGAAAAGUAAUGGUUUUGGAGAUACGAGGAUUCCGCCCGACAGCGCCGAUAUGUUGGUUUAAUUGAAAAAACAUUGAAUGUCCUGCAGGCUUCAGUAAGUUAGAUUUCUGGACAUAACUCAAGUUUUUAAGCACAGUCAAGCAUAUUAGGGUGUCAUCCAUAAUCCAUCUCAAUGUGAUUAAGUGUUGUUCAUAUUUUUUUUAAUCACUGACCAGUUAAUGUGGU